CGCGGGGCGGCGGGGACGCGCGCAGCCGCCGCGCGCAGCCACAGACGGCAGCGCCGAGCCGGGAUGCGGCGUCCGCGGGCCGCCGCGCACUGACCGCCCGCGGCCGCCGGGCGCUGCGCGGCCCCCAGCGCGCCCAUGGCCAGCUCCGCGCAGGCGGCGGGCGGCGGCCCCGACGGCGGUGAGCGGGCGGGCGGCGGCCUCGGGGACAGCGCGCUGAGCCAGGGCUUGAGCGUGCUGGUGGGGCUGGCGCUGUGCGUGACCAUGCUGGGGCUGGGCUGCGCCGUGGAGCUGGGGCAGCUCGGGCAGCAGCUGCGGCGGCCCGUGGGGGUGCUGCUGGCGCUGCUGGGGCAGUUCGUGGCCAUGCCGCUGCUCGCCUUCCUCCUGGCGCUCCUCUUCGCCCUGGACGAGGUGGCGGCCGUGGCCGUGCUGCUGUGCGGCUCCUGCCCCGGCGGCAACCUCUCCAACCUCAUGUCGCUGCUCGUCGACGGGGACAUGAACCUCAGCAUUAUCAUGACGGCCGCCUCCACCGUGCUGGCGCUGUUCCUGAUGCCCCUGUGCCUCUGGGUCUACAGCCGCCACUGGAUCAACACGACCCUGGUGCAGCUGCUGCCGCUGGGGGCGGUGAGCCUGACGCUGGGCAGCACCCUGCUGCCCAUCGCGCUGGGGGUGCUCGUCCGCUACAAGCGCCCCCGCGCCGCCGACCUCCUCGUUAAGGUUUCCCUGUGGUCCCUGCUGGUGACGCUGGUGAUCCUGUUCAUCCUGACGGGGACCAUGCUGGGGCCAGACCUGCUGGCGCACAUUCCCGCGUCCGUCUACGCCAUAGCGGUGCUGAUGCCCCUGGCGGGGUACGCCCUGGGCUACGGCUUAGCCAUGGCCUUCGCCCUGCCGCCGCACUGCCGCCGGACAGUGUCGCUGGAAACGGGCUGCCAGAACGUGCAGCUCUGCACCGCCAUCCUGAAGCUCACCUUCCCGCCGCAGCUCAUCGGCAGCAUGUACAUGUUCCCCCUGCUUUACGCGCUCUUCCAGUCGGCCGAAGCGGGACUCUUCGUGCUGGCGUACAAGAUGUACGGGAGGGAGAGCUACAAACAAGAGCCCCUGGGUGAGGAGGAAGACACCGAUAUCUCCUACAAGAAACUGAAAGAGGAGGAGGUGGCCGACACCUCGUAUGGCACAGUGAGCGCGGAGGAGCGCGGCUCUGCUCAGGCGGAGCCGGCGCAGACCGCGCUUUAGGCACGGUAACGAGGCGGCACCCAGGGGCACGUGGUGGCAGCCCCGGGGCCGCGCUCAGGGCGCCGCGAGCAGGCCGUGGUGCUGCCCGGCCGCCCGUUGUCCAGCUGCUCCCAUCGUACCAGUGGUGUGUGCUCACUGCCGCGCCGGCUGCGCUUCGUCAACAACAUGUGUGAACAGAAGAAGAAGCAAGAAAAAAGGAAGAAGCAUCGUUGCGACGCGACCCCUAACCGUACGCCUUCCCGCGAGCAGGCUGCUGCCAGCCCGAGCAGCCAGGGACGGGCAGCAGCAGGAGAGGAGCGCCUGCGGAGGAGAGGCCCACGCGACGCCAACCUCGGUGCCAGCCGGGGCGGCCCCGCGGCACCCGCUUACCGCCCUCCCCGCGCAUACGUGGCGACGCCGACGCCCCCUGUAUCCCCGCUGAUUAACCCCCGGCGCAAUUAAAGAUUAGAAGCCGAGCGA